AAUAAUUGCAAAAAUAGAAAUGGUUCGUCUCCUUCCUCUUCUUCUCCGAACAUCAACAUUAACAUUGCCACAAAAACCGGUCCAAAAUCCAAAUUGUCCGAAACCCAUUCUCUUUUCUCCUCCUUCUUCAUCAUACUUCGUUACAGUUUCACAAUAACAAUGGUCGUUGAAGCUCAUCAGCUAUUUCUCCCAAAACCCCCUUUCUUUUCACCUUCUUUCCCUUCUCCACCCCCUCACUUUUCUUCUUUCCUCUUUGACCCUUCUUCUCUCUCUUUAGCUCUCUUCCAUUCUGAUUCCUCUAUCUCUCUCUAUCCUUCUUUUUCCCCGUUCUUUCUCUCCUCCUUUCCUCCUCCUCAAACCACCAUCCCUCCGCCCGUCUCCGCCGCUGCUUUCCUCCUCCUCCGGAACCCUAACCCUACUACCCUCUUUCUUAUCUCUUCUCCUAUCUCCGGCGGCUCUUCCAUUCUCCUGCGCUUUUACAUCCUCAACGCCUCCCGGAAAAGUUUUUCUCCGGCGAAAGUUGUGUGCAAUCACAGUGAUAUGAAGUUUGACGAGAGUAAAUUUGGGGUUGUUUUUAGGGUUUCUCAUGGGGUUUCGCUGAAAUUGGUUGGGGAUGUGAAUGUGUUUGCUCUAUACUCUAUUUUGAAUGGUAAAAUUUGGAUUUUUGCUGUGAAGCACCGAAGGGAUGAUGAGGUGAAGCUAAUGAAGUGUGCUGUGAUUGAUUGUUCAUUGCCGGUGUUUUCGAUUAGUCUUUCGUUUGGGUUCCUGAUUUUGGGGGAAAAUAAUGGGGUUAGGGUUUUACCCUUGAGGCCAUUGGUCAAAGGAAGAGUUAUUAAGAAAGAGAAGAAGAGUUUGAAUGGUGGGUUAGAAAAAGAUAAGAUGGAGAUAAGAAAGGUGUCUUUACGAAAUGGGAUGAUUAAUGGAAUUAAUGCUGAGAUUUGUUCUGCUGAUGGUAACAAAUUCACUACGGAAUUGAAGUUCCCUUCCAAUGGUGUAUUGGAGGAAAGGAUCGAAAACCGCACUGGAUCAGCAAAGUUAAGGUCUGUGAGACUUAGACAAGAUUCCAGAGAAUGGAUUGCAAGCUUUGUGGCAUUCAAGAGCAAGGAUGAUAAUUUCGAGUCGAUCAAGGUGCCGGCUAAGUCAGCAAAAGCAAUUGGCAUUCAGGCCUUGUCUUCAACCAAGUAUCUGAUCUUGGACUCUGAAGGAAAUCUUCACCUCUUGUUCCUGGCAACUUCUGUCCAGGGAUCAGAGACUCCUUAUUACAUGAAACAGUUGACUCACAACAUGAAAGUUCGAAAGCUCGUUGUUUUUCCGGAUUCUUCUACAAGAUCACAGACUGUUUGGAUGUCAGAUGCACUCCAUACUGUUCACAUGAUGGUGGUGACGGACAUGGAUACUUCUGUCAAUCAAACUGACAGCAAAGACCCUGCAGAGAAGCUUGUACAUACUUCAGUUGUGCAAGCGAUAUUUUCCAGUGAAAAGGUCCAAGAAAUUGCAGCUUUGGCUGCGAAUACAGUAUUGCUUCUUGGACAAGGUAGUUAGCGUGCUUGAAUAAAGAGUAGUUCAAACUCAAAGCUAAACUAACAUGCUUGAGGUCAUCCAUUACAAGGAAGUAUGUUUGCAUAUGCAAUUUCCUAGAGAUGCUGAGUGGUUCUUUUUGGCUAUUCACGUUUCACAUUUGGAUAGAAAAGUAAUGCCAAUCGGGUGGUUUUUCUGGAGUUCUCUUGUGGGAGGAUUUUGAGCUGCAGUUGUCAAUAUCUAUCAAAUGGUUCAUAUCAAGUGAAGAAGACUGAGCUCUUGAAAGAAGCUAUUGGAGGAUCUGACUAUUGGCUGUUGGGCGAGGUCAACUCUUUCAGCAAUUGAUGCCUGCGUGCUGCACGACUUCCAUGACUGCAAAGAUAGUGCAUUGUAACCACUGAAGCUGCAUGUAUGAUGAUGUAAGUGUUACAUGUGUUCCUGGUCAUUGCUACUGGAAUCCUCAACAUUGAUGGGGUAUGAGAUCAAGCAUCCAUGUUGAGACGUGUGGUAAGAGGGCUUCUGCCAUUGUAUUGGUCUAAUAUCGGCUUGUUUUUGGAAGUUUAGCUUCUUUCUGUAAUAAGCUUGUCAGAAUUAUGUAUGUCGGAGAUGGGGUUAUGGUUAUACUGAUACCUGGAUACUUAAGCUGUCAUACUACAUCGUUAUUCAUUGACCACAUAUUAUGGAAUAAGAAGUCUUUAGCCUAUUCAUGAUUGUAGUCGAGAAUCAUCUCGAGGAUGUUAAUUAGCAGGGUAACAAUUUCCUUCGACCUUCUAUCUCUUUAUUGCUAUUA